CACAAAUUAAGUCCAUUUGUUCAUCUUCCUUUCAAGUAAAAGCUGAAGCAGUACACAAGUAGGUUUCCCAGAGAAAAAGGCAGAUCCCAUCAUCAACAAAAUCUUCUUGCUUGAUUUCUCUUGGCGUUUAUGAUGCCACCUAGGACUACCGAUCUACCUGAGAAUGUUGUCAAUGCCAUUCUGAUGCGUUUGCCUUUGCGUGAUGCGGUGAGGACGAGCAUCUUAUCAAAGAAAUGGAGGUAUAACUGGUGCAGACUUCCACAGUUGACACUUGAUGAUAAACUUUGGAAGACGACAGAUAACUUUCCAUCCCCUUCUAUUAAGUUUGCAAGCAUUAUGUACAACAUUUUGACCCUUCAUUGUGGACCAGUUACUAAGUUUACCCUCUCCAUGUCUGAACUGAAAAAGUAUCCUCAGAUUCGCAGCUUGAUAUAUUUCCUCUCUAGGAACGGCAUUGAACAUCUUGUUCUUCAAUUUUCGGAGUGGAACCGAUACAAAUUGCCUCCAUCAUUUUUCAUGUAUUCGCAGUUGAGGCAUUUGACACUCCAAAAUUGUUUAAUAUGUCCUCCACCAGCCUUCAAAGGAUUUGAUAUGUUAAUUAGUUUGGAACUGUGUUAUGUCUCAAUUUCCUCUAAGUCACUAGAAAGUUUAAUCUCUUGUAGCCCGUUUCUUGAGAAUUUAGAAUUGAAAAUCUCAGAUACUGUAAACCACAUUCAAAUUAAAGCUCCCAUUUUGAGAUCCUUCGACUUCUCAGGCUGUAUAAAACUUAUUUCCUUAAACAAUGUUCCUCUUCUUGCUAAGCUCUCUCUUUUGUAUGGAGAAUCUUUUGAGGAAUCAGAAAAAUGCGAUCUUGACAAAUUUUUUCAGUCACAUCAUGCUCUUGAGCAUCUCCACUUGGAAUACGGGAGUGUCCAGUUCUUGGUUGCUGAAGUACCAAGAAGGCUUUCCGUUUCUCUUAUCCAUCUUAAACGUCUUUGCGUAUUUCUGGAUGGACUAGACGAUCUUUCCUGUGCUCUUUGCUUGCUGCGAAGCUCCCCAUAUUUACAAGAUCUUGAUGUGAAGGUAUCUAUGGAUGAGUCUGAUGAUGAAGCUGAUGACAUUUCUACAAGCUUUUCAGAUGUGACAUUGAAUCAUGUUAGGACGGUUAAAGUUAAAGGAAUAACAGGCACAAAGCUUGAUAUGCAGCUUAUCAAGCUUCUAUUGGCCAAAUCUCCGAUGCUGGUGAGAAUGCUGAUUGAGCCAGACCUAUAUUGGGUAAACAAAGAAAAAGGAGCUGAGAUACUUGCACAGUUAUCAACAUUUUCAGCGGGCAUCGCGUAAAGCUGAAAUUGUAUGUCAGCUGGAAAGGGAAUGGAAUUGAGUCAGGAGAAUGCAAUAUUAUAUGGAUGUCUUUUGUCUGGUAGAGAGUAGUAUUUCUGUGACUUGGAUAUGAACCUAAACUUUGGCUGUUUAUUUUCUGUGUUGGUUUGGUUCUCUACCUUGCCUCUUUCUCCCAGCUAGGGGUAAGGUUUGUGUACACACUAGCCUUUUCAGACCCCACUUGUCGGAUUAUACUGGGUAUGAAUAUGUUGUUUUUGUUGGUGG